GGGCGUGCUCCUCAGGAAGCCUGCAGCCUAUCCACUCACGGUGGACUCUACUCCACAUUCACAACUCUGCAUCUGCUGUCAGCUGCACCCGAGUUUGCUCCUUUUUAAAACAGGAAACACUCCCGGCCGUGCGUUCUUUUGUUUUAGUUUCCUCAAUGAAUUCCGGCUGCCAGAACUCGUAGUAGUCCAUCCUUUCUUCCAAAUGCCUCGCCUGCCAGUGUCGCUCUGCCUGUGGGUAUAGCCGAUGCUUCCUGCCUGCGUCCUGGAGAAGACCACACGGGAUUUUUUUAAAUAAUCUUUUGUAAAUUCCUCUUUAUAUUUUGGAAGCGCAUCAACCUUUUUUCUUUCUUCCAAUAAUGGCUGAUGCGAAUGCAGAAUGCAAUAUCAAGGUGUUGUGUCGGUUUCGUCCGAUGAACCAGUCCGAAAAUAUCCGAGGAGAUAAGUUCAUUCCAAUAUUUCAAGGAGAAGACACUGUCAUCCUCGGGGGGAAGACGUACGUGUUCGACCAGGUGUUCCCCACCAACACCACCCAGGAACAGGUCUACAACACCUGUGCCAAGCAGAUUGUCAGAGAUGUCCUGGGUGGAUACAAUGGGACCAUCUUUGCCUACGGGCAAACCUCCUCGGGAAAGACGCACACAAUGGAGGGAAACCUUCACAAUCCCCAGGGAAUGGGAAUCAUUCCCCGGAUCGCUCAGGACAUUUUUGAACAUAUAUUUGCUAUGGAUGAGAACCUUGAAUUCCAUAUAAAGGUAUCCUACUUUGAGAUCUACUUGGAUAAAAUCCGGGACCUGCUGGAUGUGACAAAAACCAACCUUUCAGUGCACGAGGACAAAUACAGAGUUCCUUAUGUGAAGGGCUGCACCGAGCGCUUUGUCACCAGUCCUGAGGAAGUGAUGGAUGUGAUAGAUGAAGGAAAGGCCAGCCGUCACGUUGCUGUCACCAACAUGAACGAGCACAGUUCCCGCAGUCAUAGCAUCUUCCUGAUAAACAUCAAACAGGAAAACGUGGAGACGGAGCAGAAGCUGAGUGGGAAGCUGUACCUGGUCGACCUGGCUGGUAGUGAGAAGGUCAGUAAGACAGGGGCGGAGGGAUCGGUGCUGGAUGAGGCCAAGAACAUCAACAAGUCUCUGUCGGCUCUGGGGAACGUCAUCUCAGCCUUGGCCGAGGGAACGAAAUCCCACGUGCCGUACCGUGACAGCAAAAUGACUCGCAUCCUGCAGGACUCGCUGGGCGGAAACUGUCGCACCACCAUGUUCAUCUGUUGCUCUCCCUCCAGCUACAACGAUGCAGAGACCAAAUCCACCUUGAUGUUUGGCCAACGAGCCAAGACCAUCAGAAACACUGUAUCCGUGAACCUGGAGCUCACAGCAGAGCAGUGGAAGAAGAAAUACGAAAAGGAGAAGGAGAAGAACAGAUCAAUGAAGGAGACUAUUCAAAGGCUCGAGGCUGAGCUGAACUGCAGGAGGGACGGUGAGAACGUGUCGGGGCAGUUGAGUGAAGGAUCUGAGGAUGUUCCCCUCGUGCCUCCAGAACCCGAGGAGCCGCUUCUUGACAUCUGCAGCCCGUGCACCCCUUGCUCCAUCGCGUCCUCCAUUGUGGUUCACAUUUCUGAGGAGGAGCGGCAGAAGUAUGAGGAGGAGAUCCGCAGGCUGUACAAACAGCUGGACGAUAAGGAUGAUGAGAUCAACCACCAGAGCCAGAUGGUGGAGAAGCUGAAGGAACAGAUGCUCAACCAGGAGGAGCUCUUAGCCUCGUCCAGGGGCGACAGUGAGAAGGUGCAGUCUGAACUCGACAGGCUGCGGACGGAGAACGAUUCUGCCAAGGCGGAGGUGAAGGAGGUCCUGCAGGCCCUGGAGGAGCUGGCUGUCAACUACGACCAGAAGAGCCUGGAGGCCGCAGAGAAGAGCAUCCAGAACAAGCUGCUGGCUGAAGAGUUUGAAAAGAAAAUGGGUCACCUGAUGGCCUUGGAGGCGGAGCUGUCCCGCAUCCAAGAAGUGAGCAGCCACCAGAGGAAACGCAUCGCUGAGAUUCUCAACGGGCUCAUGAAGGACCUGAGUGACUUCAGCACCAUCGUCGGAAACAAGGACAUCAAGCUGCCCAUGGAGAUCACCGGCGCGAUCGAGGAGGAGUUCACCGUGGCUCGCCUCUACAUCAGCAAGAUAAAGUCCGAGGUGAAGUCCAUGGUGAAGCGCUGCCGCCACCUGGAGAACCUUCAGAUGGAGUGUCACCGCAAGAUGGAGGAGACAGGACGAGAGCUGUCCUCGUGUCACCUCCUCAUUUCACAGCAUGGGGCAAAGAUCCGCUCUCUAACGGAGUACAUGCAGAACGUGGAGCUGAAGAAGAGGCAGCUGGAGGACAGCUACGACUCUCUGAGCGAGGAGUUGGCCAAAGUCCAAGCUCAAGAGAGCGUGUCACAGAUGACCAGUGGCCAGAAUCCAACGUCUGUCCUGGACUGCAGUGAUAUAAAGAGGGCUCUGGAGCAGCAGAUGGAGUCGCACCGCGAAACGCACAGCAAACAACUUGGCCACCUGCGAGACGAGAUCAACGAGAAGCAGAAGAUCAUCGACGAGUUAACGGACUGUAACCAGCGGCUGCAGCUGGAGCUGGAGCAACUGCACGAUGACUUUGAACAUCUCCGGGGCCAAGAACAUCACAAGAGCCGGCAGCUGGAGGAACUGACAUUUCUCCACGAGCGACAUGAGCAGUCGAAGCAGGACCUCAAAGGGCUGGAGGAGACUGUUGGCCGCGAGCUCCACAGCCUGCACAACCUCCGCAAGCUCUUUGUUCAAGACCUCACGAGUCGAGUCAGAAGAAGUGCAGGGAUAGGGCCUGAUGGGGGAUACAUCACCCAGAAACAGAAGAUUUCCUUUCUUGAAAACAACCUGGACCAGCUUACAAAAGUUCACAAACAGCUGGUGCGUGACAAUGCAGACCUUCGCUGUGAGCUUCCGAAACUGGAGAAACGUCUUCGGUCUACAGCCGAGCGAGUCAAGGCGCUGGAGGGUGCGCUGCAGGAGGCGAAGGAGGGCGCCAUGAAGGACCGCUGCCGCUACCAACAGGAGGUGGAGCGGAUCAAAGAUGUCAUGAGGGCCCGCAAUCCCUUCCGCCGGCCCCAUGCUGCACAGAUUGCCAAGCCGGUGCGUCCGGGCCACUACCCACUCUGCUCUCCCAGCAACCCCUUCUUCAUCCGAGGCUACAGCGAACACCCCGCCGCCUUCUGCAACGCCGUUUUCCACAACAGCAACAACCACCAGGCAGCGGCCUCUGCGGCUCCUGCAGCGCCAAAGAGCGCGGCCCGGUUACCCGAGGGCGACUCCAACAGGAACAGCCCCGUCAAACACCUCGAACCCCGAAACAACGACGCACACGACAGCGACGCUCACAACAACACACUUCCAGCUGAAGCAGCGAGCCCAGCUGACAGCAACACUGCAGAGAUGCUCGACUCAGAGAACGGUAACGCCACCGAUAUCAAUGACAACAGGGGUAGCAUGAGUCUGAAUGUGAAUUCUGUGUCCAGAACUGACGUCUGCGACAAUCAGGACCCAGCCAAACUCUUCAGCCUGCAACAGGAGGCCUCUGCCAGCUAAUAGUCCUGAGCAGGUGGAUGUUUUUUCCGAGGCCCCCCCUGUAAAUCUGCAUGCAGCCAAUCACAGUCCUCCCAGACUCCCUUUCCUCUCCCAUCCUCACCCAGUGUAAACAGCCCUCUAUCUCCUGUGUCCCCCCCCCUUUUCCUCCCCCUUGCUUGCUCCUCUGCCACCCGUCCUCCUUUCUGUGCUAUGAUGUGGGGGGUGUAUGUGAGUAUCAGUCUGGCAAACACUGCCUCUCAGAAUCCCGACCUGGCAGCUUACACCCAUAUGACUGCUGCACCCAUUCCCCCUUGACUCGGAAAACAAAAAGGGACUUCUAAUGGAAAGGUGGGGGAAGAGAAGGUGCAGCGCUGUGGGUGACCACUAGGCAGUGCCGUUUGUCUCAACGAUGCAGUCUCAGUGGACGUCAACCAGUAAAUGACACAUGAAACUGAAAUUAAGUCUUUUUAUUAAUUAUUAAACACGAGUAUGGAUCAGAAGAGUGAACCACUUGUAAUGAUACGUUUAACUGUGCAUGUCGAUGUUGGUCUUCAGCUUUUCUGGGAAAAUACACAAAAGAAGAAGAAAGCUUGUAAAGCAACAUGAUUGUGAAAUGUUUUAGUCUAAAACACCAGAACAGAAGAGUGUGUGUGAGUUAGUGCAAAAAGAGAUAUACACCCUUUAACGUUGGUGUGUUUUAAAAAAAAAUCGGAGCCUCACAUACCUUCGCCAAGGCCGAACAAUCGUUAUUAUUUAGAAGACAUAAGAAAAGAACGGUUAAAGAAAAGGAAAAUAAAUCCUGGGUCCACAACUUAAGAUGCAACCACAUCAAAAGUUAAUUUGUUUUUUCCAGACCCAAGUUUGGUGGAAAUAGGUUCAGUAGUUUUUAUCCUACUGAACCAUUUUUAGUCACAUGUCGACUACUGUUGCCACAUAGAAGGUAACUGAACUACAACACAAGUGAACAGAAGAAGAUGCAACCCGGAAAUUAAAGACAACAGUUUUUUUUAAUUUUAUUACCCUUGCAGGAUAUUUAAGGUGUCAAUAUUCUAUAUUAUCAUGUUUUCACCAAUUAGAAAAACAGGAAUAUUAAUCCAAAAAACACCCAGAAGCCCUCGUGAAUCUUGAUGCUUGAGCUUGUGACACUGGCACCUUGCGCAGGAAGAACCACCGCGCUAAUGAAGAAUUAGGUUGGAGGGUCACUAAAAAUAAACAUCUAUUGCACUUCUGUCCGUCCUGGGAGAGGGAUCCCUCACAUGUGGCUCUCUCUGAGGUUUCUACGUUCUUUUUUACCCUGUUUUAUUUUUUAGUAGUUUUUCCUUACUCUUGUUGAGGGUUAAGGGCAGAGGAUGUCACACCUUGUUAAAGCCCUAUGAGACAAAUUGUGAUUUGUGAAUAUGGGCUAUACAAAUAAAAUUUGAUUGAUUGAUUGAAAUAGUGAGUGGUGAAGAUCUGUCGCCACGGCACGUCUGGCAUCACCCGCUUUAACUAGAAUGACACGCAACUUGAUCUGAAUCACAGGUAAAAAACACAUUCAUCUUUUUCAGGAGGCUGAACGUGUUCAAUUAUCAGUGAAAAAAAGAAAAUUGCCUGUUGUGGAUCAUUUGUGAGAUAUUCAGCCAUUUUCAUUUCAUACAAGAGCAAAGAAAAAGUGUGUAGCAACUAUUUUUAUACCGCUAGUUCUAGUUUCAAAGAUAAUAUAAUAUAUUAUUUAUCGUCUGCUGUAUUUUAAGUGUUAUUUAUUCAUUUGCUCCUUACUAUUAAUUUAUGGCAGUUAAAGUGAAGCGUAUGUAUUUGUUUUGACGUGUUAAUGUAUUUCCUGUGCUGCAGAAUGAUAAAAUGGGUUCACGUGUGCAGCUGCUGUUCCCAAAUGAAUUAAUGACGAUUCUUUAAGAUGCAAGUCAGACUGAAACCAAAGCCCUGAUUGUACAGUGAGUCAUUUAAAGUGGAACUUGUUCUGUAACAUAGUAUAUAUGAGCUCAGCAGGAGACGUGAACCGAGGGUUACUGUAGGUUAUCAAGAGGCGGCUCAGCUUUGUCUUCUCCCACACACACACACACACACACACACACACACACACUCACACACACACACAUGCAAAGCCUCAAUGAGGUGUCUGACCUUUGACCCCAAAAAUACAGUUAUAUUACAUAUCCUGUAUUACUUGGUUGUUGUCCAGGUUAUUUGAGCAGAUAACGUUUAAAUGACUCACACACUGACAGUCUGUUGCUCUCGGUCGACCUCCUGAUCAACCAGUCAUGAUGAGGUGGUCGAGGGUGACGGCGAAGGUCUGUGUGUGUGCGUACGUGUGUGUGCGUACGUGUGUGUGUGUGUGUGUGUGUGUGUGUGUGUGUAUGUGUGACAGAGCAAUAGAGAGACUUCUCAAUAUGGACGAGUGUUGCUCACAAUUGAAUACAGGGACAAGGCACAUUGGGGAGAUACAAAUUUGCCUUGAGGGACCUUGAAAUAAAUUACACUGUAAUAAGUACUUUUUUAAGUUACUUGGUAUUUUAGUAGUAUGUGUCCUUUUACAAAAACUGUAUCAUGACAACUUAAAUGUAAAAGAUUAUAUAUGUGUGUUGAUACGCACUCCACACGGCACUUUAUUCCAAAUGUUAUGGUUCUUGUUUCAUUCAUUUCAUUGCCCAAAGUAUAUUUGAAUAGUUUAUAUAUUAUUUUUUUAAUAAAUUAUAAUAGCUAUAUUAAUCAAAGAGUUGAAGUAUUGCCAUGUUAUCUUAUUUUUUCUAUUAAUAAUGUGAAUUAACCCUUUAUUUCUAUGAGAUUGAAACAAAUUGUUUCAUACACAAUCAUACCUAUUGUUUUAAUGUACGUUUCUAUAAAAAAAGAAAUUUAGUAAUUUAUAAAAUAAGUAAUUUUUUCGAGGUCCCUCUUAAAUGCAAAAUUGUGAUCCCUUCAUACUGUUACAUUGAUACCCCGUAUGUGCAAUAUUAAGUGUGGGCUGACAUUUAAAGCGUAACUAACAGACCCUCUGUUCUGAUGAGACUGAGGCUCAUUAUAAAUGCAUGAAGCACUUUAUCAUAUUAUUUUCCUAAUUCUCUCUCUUUUUGUUCGUCUUCUUCUUCCCUCUUUACUCUGAGUAUCUCCUCCUGCAGCUGUCAGACUUUCUAAAGGGUAAAAAAAAAAGGUCAUUCAACUUUAUCACUGAAGUUGAGUUUAAAUGACAAAGAAACCACCACUUGAACGUGAAUGGACUUUUUUUUUUGGGUCCAGUGAAGAAACCAGUCAUGUGCUAUGGUUGUAUACUGAGCUGUAAAUGUUUGAAUGACUGUCCAGUUUAUUUUCAGUCCGAUUGUUAUGUUUGUCUGACAGUAAUUGUAACCAGUCUAAAAAAAACAAUACUCUGGUGAGGUCAGUAAUUGUGAUACUGUAGCCGAACAUAUGCAGUAAUAGAAAUAUGAUGAGAAUGUCCGAGCGUCUAAAAAAGACAGACGCAAAGUGUUUGUGUUUGUAUGUGCGUUGGUUGGUUUCCAGUGUGUGAUCUAGUGCAUGCAGUACUCUCCUGUAGCUGCUGAGAAACAGAACUGUUAUCUCAUACCAACUUUCAAUAAAGACGAAACUGUGUACAUAUCA